AUGGCGAUCAUCUCCGCCAGCGAGAAGGUUGAUGCCUUCAGAAACGUUGUCAGAACAGAUACGACUACAAAUAGGGUGAAGAGCUUUGUUGUUCAAGGCAGCCCAAAGUUUCCGGGAGCCGCCCAGCAGUAUCUUCUCGACAAACUGCCCAUUGUUCAAUGGCUGCCGCGCUACCACCCAUCAUGGCUCAUUCAAGACUUUAUUGCUGGCCUCACCAUUGGCGUGAUGCUGAUCCCGCAAGGACUAGCAUAUGCCAAGAUUGCAACGAUUCCCAUUGAGAAUGGAUUAUACAGUGCCUGGUGGCCAGCUGCGAUCCAGGUUUUCAUGGGAACAUCCAAGGAUAUUUCCGUCGGACCAACUUCAAUCUUGGGUCUGCUAACCGCCGAGAUCGUGGCAAGCUAUUCCGACGAGUACAGCCCAGCUGCCAUUGCCAGUGCCGUUGCUUUCAUGGUCGGAAUCUACUGCCUGAUUCUCGGACUCCUUGGUCUCGGUUUCCUCCUCGACUAUGUGUCGGUUCCCGUCCUUACUGGUUUCAUCUCUGCCACCGCCCUGACCAUUGGUUUUGGCCAACUGGGCAGUCUGAUCGGACUCAGCAACACACCAUCCAUGGUCUUUGACAUUAUCGGCGACGCUCUCAAGAGACUCCCGCACUGGGACGGACCGACCUGCGGAGUUGGCAUUGGAUCAAUCAUUCUGCUCAUUGCCAUUGAAAAGAUUGGCAAGAAACUGGGCGAAAGGCACUUUGUCUUCAAAUAUGUAGCCAGCAGCCGAGCCAUUAUCGUCCUCUUCAUCUUCACGCUCAUCAGCUACCUCGUCAACAAGGACCGCGGCGACGAUCUGGUCUGGGGUAUCAGCAAGGUCAGCACCCACGGCAUCGCAACCCCCAAGUCCCACGACGCCGGCCUCAUUGGCAAGGCGGCAGCCCGCUCGUUUGCGCCCUUGGUCGCCUGCGCUUUGGAGCACCUUGCCGUCGCCAAGGCCUUUGGACGCAGGAACGGCUAUGCCAUUGACCAGACCCAGGAGCUCAACUACUUGGGCGUCACGAACCUCGUCAACAGCUUCUUUGGUGCUAUGCCCUGCGGAGGCGCCAUGUCCCGUACCGCCGUCAACUCUGAGUGUCGUGUCAGGAGCCCUCUGAGCGGACUGGUCACCGCGGCUUGGAUCAUCUUGACGAUUUAUGUCUUCUCUCCGGCGCUAUACUGGAUUCCCAAGGCCACUCUCGCCGCCAUCAUUAUCAUGGCCGUUAUCAACUUGUUUGGUCCCGUCUCGCUGUUUUACAAGUAUUGGAGAAUGUCUCUGGCAGACUUUAUCGCAUCUCAACUUGCCUUCUGGCUGACAAUCUUCCAGUCGGCAGAGAUUGGCAUCGGAGCCGGCGUGGCCUGGAGCCUGGUCUGGUCACUGCUUCGCUCCGCCUUUGUCAAGGCCGACGUCAACAUGAGCACCAACGAUAGCACGUCUACAGAAUCAUCACAAGGACUGGACCGUUUCAACACCACGUCGGGCGACCUCUCUACCGUCUCGGUCCCCAGCGACACUGUUGUGGUACAUUUCAACGACUCCAUCUUCUUCCCCAACGCGGCGCGCAACAAGCGCGUCACCGUCGAAGCCAUCCAGCUCGUCUACGACAAGCUGCCCGAGGCGACCGUGUUUCGGUCGCGCGAGCGCAGCUGGAGCGUGGCGGCCGAGCGCCGCGUGGAGCGGGUGCGCCGGGAGCGCCACAUUUCCCUGCGCGACGUGCCCCUGGCCGUUGUCGUCUUUGACUUUACCAUGACCUCGUGGAUCGACACGACGGGCGUGCUGGCGCUGGGCGAGCUCAGGGCCGACAUUCGUCUGCACUGCGGCAAGGAGGUGCAGUUCCGCAUGGUGGGCAUGAACCGAGGGGUGCGCAGCCGCUUUGCCCGCGCAAAGUGGCCCCUGUCCGACUUUGACGACGAGCACUACCUCGACGUUGAUGUCGUGUAUCCUACCCUGGAGAGGGCCAUUGUCGAUCGCGAGAGGUUGGGUAGCGUUUUGGAGGCGGUAGUGUCAGAAAAGGUUAUGGACUAA